UGCCUCUCUCUUUCUCUCUCUCUAAAACAACAACUCUUUUUCUCUCUCAACUGUCACCUCCAUCAAAUACUUUGUCAUUCGUAUCAUAUUAAGCCCUUUCUCUCUCUUCGUUUGAGCCCACCCAGCCGGUGAUUGGAGCUUGGGCCUGGCGUGCUGUACAUUUUUUGGUUAUAUACUCAGAAUUGUUGCAGAGUUGAAUAAUAGGAUUGAGAUGAGAGAGAAAGAGAGAACGGUCAAGGGAUCUUCAGCCCCACCCACAAUUAAAUACGUUGAAGAAAAUAGAAGGUUGAAGACAGCGAAGCAGAUGUCCACUGUCAUAUAAGUAUGGAAAGUGGUGAUAAAAAGAAGGAAAAACACUGUUGAUUCAUCGGAGGACCCCCUAUGCUCGCACUGGAGCCUACUGCUCCCCCCUCCAUAUUUUAUUUCUAUAUUUUCUCUCUCUACAUUGGGCUUCUUUCUCUCUCCUUUCCCGUAGCCCUAGAGAUCUGCAACUCCUUUCUCUAUCUCUUUCUGGAGCUGAUCUGUAAGGACUCCUGUUUUUUUCUCUCUCUCUAGAGAUGUGUAGGUGAUGAGAGUGGGGGUUUGAGAUCGGAGAAUUGGGUUUUGGAUGUCUCAGCAAAGGCAAUCACAAAUGGCAGGUAACAAUGGAGCGAAAUUUGGGGACACCACUUAUACCAAGAUUUUUGUUGGAGGGCUGGCAUGGGAGACACAGAGAGAGACCAUGAGGCGUUAUUUUGAGCAGUUUGGAGAGAUCCAAGAGGCCGUGGUGAUCACUGAUAAAAAUACAGGCAGAUCCAAAGGCUAUGGCUUCGUUACGUUCAAGGAUGCCGAUGCUGCCAUGAGGGCAUGCCUCGAUCCUUCACCGGUGAUCGACGGCCGGAGGGCGAACUGCAACCUUGCAUCGAUGGGCGUGACUCGAUCCCGACCGUCCACUCCCCAACACGGUUUUUCACCCAUUUUUGGCGGAGGAGGAAGGUUUAGAGGGGCGGCAGGAUCAGCCCCUCCGGCCUAUCACGGCUCUGCAGCUGCUUAUCCCCACCCAAGCCAAUAUGCUUUACAGCAUGGCUUUCCUUAUCAGACUUAUGGCUAUACAGGUUAUUCUCAGGAGAGCAUGUACCCCAUGGGCUAUUACAAUCUAUAUGGGGGUCAUCAGUUCUCUCAGUACUAUGGAGGGCCAGGCAUGAUCCCAAGCCCUGCAUUCUAUCCUUACUAUGCUCAAUACGCCCCGACAAGCAGCAGUGGCGGUGGAGUCGGAGGAGGAAACAGCAGCGGAGGCGGAGGAGGGGGAAGUGGGGGAGGAGGGUACAGCCACGCGAUGCAAUAUCCACAUAUGAUGCAUUACCCCUUCAUACCUCAUCAAUAUGGAGCUGGCCUCCUCUCUGCACCCAACGCUAUUACAUCAACCACAACAGGUGGCGUAACAGUGGCCACGGGGACUGGGUCUUCUCAGCCACAUUCUGCACAACCUGGUGGCACCUCAGAGCCAAAUACUACAUCAGCUUAAUGCUUCUAAUCUUCACAAAAGGAAAAGAAUGGGGCUGGUGAUGCAUCUCUAACAUUGACUUGUUCAAACCAGUCGAUCGGAAACUGGAUACACAAAAUUAGAGAGAGAGAAAGAGAGAGCGAAGAAAGGGAACAUGGGGGUUUCCUCUCUCUAAAAGCACAUGGCGGGUUCGAAAUGCGACCCUGGUUCGGUUCUGAUUAUACAUUUUAGUUUACUGAUCUUCAUUAUUGGCUGUUCUAGAGAGGAAAAGAAUUAAUUAGUGCUUGAAGGAGGCAUCAGCAGUGGAUUAUCAUUUGUUUUUGCAUUGAAGGGGUCGAAUAAAUGGCUUUUGAGGCCUGACCUGUCCCAAACCUGACUGACUUGUAUGGACCAUGGCCGUGGCUCAUUAGAACCCAGCAAUGGUGGGUUUUUGUGUAACUCGCUGAGAACCAUCAGCCGAUUCAGAGAGAGGUUUUAUGUCUCUUUGAACUUCCAUUCGCAUGCAGGCCCGGAUUGCUCUGUGUGCACUUAACAUGUAAUCUCUCUCUCCUCAAAUUAUUUGUUUUAUUAUUUGUUCCAUUUGAAUUAUGUUGUUUAAUAUGAAGAAGGUAAGAGGAUUAGUUAGGAUAUGGUUCA